UUUCUGGUGAGAUGAUUCCUGGGCCAUACACCUCAGAGGAGCAGGCAGCACAAGGCAGUUGGGGCUGCACAGACAGGACAAGGUAGUGAGGUUGGGUCAGUGCAAUGCAACACUGCUGUCUCCGUGCAAUGUGCUAUCAGGGAAGCUGGUUGAUGCAGAGAAACACUAAUAAAACCAGUUCCCAGAGGUACCCCCAAAAGAACUACACAGCAAGGAGCUAUGACUCUCCUCCUGAGUCAGAGAGUCUUUGUCCCUGGCCACCCUAACUGGAAUCUAGUGAGCACUGUCCAAGGGCUGGGAGAAGAACUGGGAAAGGGAGACAGAAGCCAAGAGGAGGAGAAGGGAGGGUUCAUCCAUGUGUGAUGCAAGUGCCAGCAAUUUCCCUCUCCCCUCAGCAGAUUCCUUGCUUUCACUGCCUUCCAUGCAGCAGGCUGAGCCAGAGCAGGUCAUCUCCCCUGCAGCUCCGCAGACCUUUCUAUGGGAAUGUCACAGUGGGAAUGGGCAUCCCCUGAGGGCUUUGAGAGUUUGUUGCCUAUUUCAAGGGCCUAAGAUUCAGGCAGAUGAGGGGCUGAAUGUGUCUGACAUGGAACCAGAGAAGGACAAGGAGACUGUACAGAGAGAGAGGGAGAAGGAGGCUACUGGGGGCAGAGGGACAGGUCCACAGAGCAGGAAUUGGCAGAGGCUGCACUCCCCACAAGGGCUGGCUCUGUGGCCCUCCAAGCAGCAGUUUCUCCAAGAGGUACAUUAUGCUGCUUUGCUACUCCGAGGAAGGGAAGCUGGCACUGCCCCUGCCUUGCCCCGCCCCUGCCCCUCCCUCUUUGGCACUUCACACAGAGCAAGUCUGAAACUGCAAGUGGCCGGGGAGACGGAGCAGCACGGUGAUGGUGGUGACUGUGGAACAGACUGGUCAGGGAUGGGAACCAGCUGGGGUCCAGCUCAACACAGGGAUGCACAAGGCCUAAGGCCCUGACACGAGGGAAAGAGGUCUGGCUUAAAGGCAAUGGCUGCUUUAAUGAGGACAUAUCCAGCUGCCUUGUUGACACCAACCCCUGCUUCCCAGAUGACAGGAAAUGCCACCAUUGGUACAGAGGAGAAAUGUGUCUUCAAUGAAGAGUUUAAGUUCAUCCUGCUGCCCGUGUCAUAUGCGAUUGUGUUUGUGGUAGGGCUGCUGCUCAACUCCUGGGCCUUGUGGAUGUUCAUCUUCAAGAUGAGGCCAUGGAAUACCACCACCAUCUACAUGUGCAACCUGGCCAUCUCGGACACCCUCUAUGUGCUCUCCCUCCCCACCCUGGUCUAUUACUAUGCUGAUCGCAACAACUGGCCCUUUGGGGAGGCACUCUGCAAGAUUGUGCGCUUCCUCUUCUAUGCUAACCUCUACUGUAGCAUCCUCUUCCUCACCUGCAUCAGCCUGCACCGCUAUGUGGGGAUCUGCCACCCCAUCCGUUCACUGAAAUGGAUGAAGACCAAGUAUGCAUACUGCGUCUGUGUGGGUGUGUGGUUUGUUGUUACCAUCUGCCUCAUCCCCAACUUGCUCUUUGUCACCAUCAGCACCAGGGGCAACAGCACCCUCUGCCAUGACACCACCAAGCCCGAGGAAUUUGACCACUACGUACACUACAGUUCCUCAGUGAUGGUCCUCCUCUUUGGCUUUCCCUUCCUGGUGAUUGUUGUGUGCUACUGCUUGAUGGCCAAGAAGCUCUAUAAAACCAACUUCUCCUAUGUGAACAAGAGCUUGCCCUCAUACAGGAAGCGCUCCAUCAAAAUGAUCAUCAUUGUGCUCUCAGUCUUUGCACUUUGCUUUGUUCCAUUUCACAUCACAAGGACACUCUACUACAUUUCCCGGCUCUUACAAGCCAACUGCAAGACCCUCAACAUUGUCAACUUCACCUACAAGAUCACACGACCCCUGGCCAGCAUCAAUAGCUGUAUAGACCCCAUCCUGUACUUCAUGACUGGGGAUAAGUACAGGGGAAGGCUGCGUCGGGCUGCAGCCAAAAGAUCCAAACCCAGCCUGCCAUCUGUUUUGAAUCUGGUAUCCAAACACAAGGAAAAUGGCUCAUCCAGCACCACAACAAAUACCUGAUAAAAGUGGGCGAAUGGGAGACACUGGAAACAGAAUGGUAUUGCAAGGGUGGGCCCAGAUGAGCCAGGGUGCUCCUAGUCUGGAAUAGAGGGCUGGUAUUAGGAAAACCAGCAUAACUAGAUAGUGUCACUGUAGAACAGAGGCCUCCUUCACUCAUGUUCUCUUUUGAGUUAUAGCCUCAUGUGCUGUGUCUGCCUCUGCCAUUGUCAUUCUGGCACCAGUCUUAAGCUCUGGCUGUUUUUGAUCUUGGUUUACACCCCCACUCCCUGGGUGUACCCAACUUCUCAGGACAGACCCCUGCCUCAGAUGUUCUGAGAAGAGCCACAGGCUUCUCAGCAAAGCCUGGGAGUGCUCCACAGGUUAAUGCCUAAUGGAAGAUAGGGAGAAAAAACUUCUUCUUGCUCCAGUGUCCAACCUGUAGGGCAGAGGAUCGUCUUACAAAGAGCCUGGUAUGCUGCUACAUAGUGUAUUUCUUGCCUCAAAAGUGAGAGGGGCAGUGAAGGAGACAUGGUGGCUCUCCUCUGGCAUGGGAACCUAGAAGCCUCCGUGACAGCAAAGAAAUGUAGCUUUUCACAUGCAAGGCCUUUUGGGACCUCCCGAAGGAUCCCAUUUCAAACAGGCUGGGGCCUUGUGCUUUAGGCAAAGUGACUCACAGUCCAGUGCCUGAGGUGCAAUGCUAUGGAGGUGAGGGAACGAGCACAGGACGUGCUAGGGCUGAUGAUACAAGACACAGGGGCUUAGGUGGGAGAAAAGGAGCCUGUCCUAGUGAGGCAGAGAAAACUGCUUUAGAGCUUCUGUGGAAGUGACUCAAAGAAGAGAGAGUCUGAAGUUUAACAGAGGAAAAGAUGAAGACUGCUUUGCACUGAAUAAAUGUGAAGUGACCUGACUAAGUCUAAAGUGGGUCAAAGGCUGCCCUUCGUCCAUUGGGAAUCUGGGACAGCAUGUGCUGUGAGGCUGGCACAGAGGCACAAAGCAAUAUCUGAUCUGGCAGGCAAAUCAGCUGGUUUGUAGGUGAUGGGGCAACCACCAGUGCAGGCAGAUGAGUGCCUCCCAGGUACUGGCUCCAGCACCAUAGAUGAGAAAUGGGGAGAGGGCUGGACAGGCCCCUUUGGCAGCAGCUGAGAGGGAGGGGUGAGGUUGUGCCCAGCAGAGGUGAAGCUGCUGGUGGAGGUGCUGCAAACACUGUGUACUGCUUCCCACGCUGUCCUGUGGGGCACAAAAGGGAGUGACUCACGUAAGACAAGAGCAUCUCAGCACCUUCAUCCCCUGCUCUUCAGGCAGGAGGACAGAGAAAGUGGGGCAGAGCCACCUCCCCCCCAGGGCUAUGACAGGGAAGCCUUCUGUAACUGACUGAAUCUUGUAUAAAAUGUUUUCCUGA